AUGACUGUCAAGCCCAAGGUUGGUAUCAACGGAUUCGGCCGUAUCGGCCGCAUGGUUCUUCGUGCUGCCGUGGCGAGCAACCUCGUUGAUGUCGUUGCCGUCAAUGACCCCUUUAUCGACCUGGAGUACAUGGUUUACAUGUUCAAAUAUGACUCCACCCACGGUCAAUUCAAGGGAAGCGUGAAAGCUGAGGGCGGAAAGCUGCACAUCGAUGGCCACACGAUCACCGUCUUCGCAGAGAUGGAUGGCGGUAACAUUAACUGGGCCUCGGUUGGUGCCGAGUACAUUGUUGAAUCUACCGGGGUCUACACUACCUUGGAUAAGGCUUCCGUAAGUUAAAUUACCCUCCUUAACCACAGGCUUUGUGAAGGCUCAUCUGAAGGGUGGCGCAAAGAAGGUGAUCAUCAGUGCACCCUCUAGCGACGCUCCAAUGUUUGUCUGCGGUGUCAACCUUGAGGCUUACCAGCCGAGCAUGAACGUCGUGUCCAACGCCUCCUGCACUACCAAUUGUCUGGCUCCCCUCGCCAAGGUCAUCAACGACAACUUCGGCAUCGUUGAAGGGCUCAUGACGACUGUGCACUCCUAUACCGCUACCCAGAAAGUCGUCGAUGGUCCUUCCAAGAAGGCCUGGCGUGACGGCCGCACCGCUGCUCAGAACAUCAUCCCCGCCUCCACUGGCGCCGCCAAGGCGGUCGGGAAGGUGAUCCCCGCCCUCAAUGGCAAACUCACGGGCAUGGCCUUCCGCGUCCCCACCCCCAACGUUUCAGUUGUCGACCUCACCUGCAGACUGGAGAAGCCAGCGACCUAUGAUCAGAUCAAGGCGGUUGUGAAGGCUGCUUCCGAGUCCCCACAGCUGCGCAACAUUCUGCACUACACCGAAGAUCAGGUGGUCAGUUCGGACUUCAACACUUGCUCCGCCUCCUCCAUCUUUGACGCUAAGGCAGGCAUCGCUCUCAACUCGAACUUCGUCAAGCUCGUUGCAUGGUAAGAUGUCCGCGUCUUCAGGGCCCCUAACUAGUAUUUUAUUUUAGGUACGACAAUGAGUACGGCUACAGCUGCCGAGUCAUUGAUCUCAUCUGUUACAUGUUCUCCAAGGACCACUAG